CAACUUCAUCUUGCGAAAUCUUCUCAAUUGAGAAAGGACAACUUCAAGGUCCACCACAGGAGUUCGAUCGGUUUUACUGCACUUACACUUUCACAACCGUUACUCGUGGUUCUCUGAUAGGAAGUAGAUCUUCGAUAUGCGAAGUCGGUCGAAGUAUAGAGUGUUGUUGGAUAAGUAUUUUCUUACUUUUCUGCUUGUCUUCCUUUGCCCGUAACCAGGUUCUCGUUGUUGCUGAGGACCGUUGUUCCACCACUCCUGCCCGUUCGACGCGACGACGAGUGCCUUGAUUUCAUGGCCUCCAACCGGAGGUCGUGCCCGGCUUCUGGGAAAACGAAACCCGCAAGAACGACCGAGCUCCGAUGCCAAAGUCAGCUCGGGGACAAAUACCCGGAGGGCGGUGUCGUCUGCGGCAGUUUUUAGGAGUACCAGAUGCGCGGCUAGUACUUCGCGAACCACACAACGGGGAUGAACAAGCACAAGGCUACUCUGCGACCGAAGCCGGCGCACCUCCACCGGUCUGGUGGCACGGAGAACGAAGAGGAUGUCGUGCCGGCAACAAGCGAUACUGCCGGCCUCGGGUCGUUCUUGUGCCGGGUCUUUAUCAGGGGCCGCUCCUUCUUGUGCAGCUGUUCAUUGCGUUCCUCCCUCUAAUUUUUUUGCAACAACCAAACGGGGUAGAAGUAGUUUCGGGCUACAAUACAGAUCUGGUGCACAACCACUACAGCCGCGGGACGACGAGAGGAAGCAAUGGGGAGAGCAGAGCUGAGGCCGCCACCGCGUCCGCCUCCGCUGCGCGAAUUGGAGCUCUCGAGGACCGCCACCGCGCCGGAGAUGUGGAAAUGCGGGCAUUGCAUCGAGCACGGAUACGUCGUCCGGACAGUGAAGGUAGACCGGGAGGAGCUGAGACGGGACUUCUACAAUUAUCGGGGGUGGAUCAUGGUGGUCUACAUUUACCUUCGAGGGCGACGACGUCACCACCGAAGCACUCGACGACACCGAUUUACUUGACAUCCGAACAUCAAGCGAAGAUCACUCCCACGCGGACGAGGAACUCAUCAAGUAGAACACUCACGCCGUCCAGUGUAGUUACGACCGCUUAUCAUCAUUUGGAACAACGACCAGAGGUGAACAUGGACACGACAACGCCGACCAGCAACCCAUCUUCUUUUUUCCUAAGUAGCGAAAUUUUGAACAGUCGUGCCAAGAAGCAAAAAGCCGUCUUUUUCCUCAUUUUCAUCCUCGCGGGGGCCUUUGCCGGUUUCGUGGUGAUGUAUUGCUGGCUGUAUAUGGCAGGAAAAAUGAAGACAAACGGCAGCAAAAUGAAUCGGUUUUCUACAGCUACUUCCGGCGGUGGACAACAGCAGCCGCGGCGCGCUAGGCAAAACCAGCAAUCGCCGGAGGGAAAAAAUUAUGCUGUGCAAAAGUAUCGUACUCGUAUAAAUGCAUCACAAGUUUCCUCAGCAUGAGAAAUGAAAUUUGUAAUGCUGAUUAGCCUUGGGAACAAGAUUUGUGAUGCAAGACUUGCAUUUAUACGAGUACGAUACUUUUGCAGUUCAUAAAAAUGCAGUGGGUGACGAUGACGAACGAGUGGACGAUGUGGAUUCUUCUGAAGAUGUAUGGAAUUGUCAGAAUCGAAAUUGACAAAGUCGAAAAAUUUGUGAUGUAUAAAAUCGAUACCAGUUGGAGCCUCAGUUUGUAAGUGGCGCAUGACAAAUUUCGGGAGCACCCAGAUCCAGUCUCUUAUGCUGUUUGGGCAAAGAAGACUGCUCCUGUCAUGCUACUCUGGCAGCACAUUGCAUACCCCUAAAUAGGCUUGCAAUCGGUCUCACUUGUCUGCUCCCCAACACAGGCUAUGCGUGCCCUACAUUUUACGCAUUACAAGUUUUUCGAUUUUGUCGAUUUCGAUCCUGACACUCCCAUAAGAUGAACAGGAAAAGCUGAUGAAGCGGCGGAUUAAGACGUUGCUGCUGAAGACGCCGUCGCCCGAGAAAAAGCAAGCUGGGAACAAUUCGAAGAAGCAGUACUACGCGAUCUCUCCAUCGCUUUAUCUCAAGAUGAAGGCGACAUCUUACCACCGGGACUUGAUGGCUCUACAACACCCUACUUUAUUCGCCUCUCCUUCGGGUAGUAGUAUGACUCGCUCUUCAACACGACCAAGAAGUCCUAAAGAUUUUUCGCGCACCGGCCGCACACCAACGGGCGAAACAGCAACUUCCGGUCGCUCUACGACAGACGCGGCCUCGUCGGCUACUCAUCUCAAUAUUUCGAACUUGGUGCUGAAAAAAUCACCAGUCAAGGGACAGCUAGUUGUGCCGGGUGGCCUGGUACAGGUACUUCCUGGUAGAAAUGCAAACUUUUCGACAUCUUCUACCAGAGCGAGCUGUACCAGUAGUAAGCCUCCUCGUGGUACAGGUCCUUCUACCGCCUCUGCAGCAGGUCCGUUGCUGCACCGAAACCCGACUUUAUUCCGUGGCGGAAAUCACGCGCCUCUGUCCGGCGCAUAUGGUCGUGGAAAUAGUGUUAAAAACCUCCACCAGCGACUGAGCCCCGUGCUGAGCAGCAAUUCAUCUACUUCCAGGAAAGCCUCUUCGCACGGCCAUGCGACCAAGCUGCACAACUCUGCUAGUAUUCUGACGGGGCCAGCAGCACACCACUCGCACCACUAUCACUACCACCUCCUGCAGCGAUCCGCGAAGUCCGAGCCGCUGCCCCCGAUCGCGGAAGAUUCCUGCGAAACCGAUUCCACAAGUUGCGAGGACGUAAAAAAGCGGAGGGCACUGGUGCGGCCGCUCGCGGAAGUGGCUGGUGAGUUGGGCAUUUUUUUUAAAAGUCUUUUGUUAUCUACGCAUGGUAUCUACGCAUAGAAAAAAAAAAAACUACACCGACGGAAUCAUACGUCAAGUUUUAUUGUUCAAGUUUGUGGAACAGCUGCUGGAAAUGGAAUGCUGGGGUUUUCUUUUUUCUACGCCGCGUCUUUUCCAAAGAUUAAACAAAAUGGUGAGCAUGAACACAUUCUCUGAGUAUGGACACAUUUUCCGCCACAAAGUGUGUCUGUGGCCACUCGAAUCACGAGCGGUCCCUUGAUGUGGACAAGAAAAAAGAGUAUAGUUGGGGCUGAGUCCGUUACGGUUCGUUACGGCUCGUUUCACCGUAACGAACGAAUUUUCGUUCGUUCGUUACGGUUCGUUACGGUUCGUUUCACCGUAACGAACGAAUUUCCGUUCGUUCGUUACGGUUCGUUUCACCGUAACGAACGAGCUUGUUACGCGCCGGCACGCCGUAACGAACGAAUCCGAUUUUGGAAAAAAGACGCCCGUGCGUGAACACUGCAAAAGGUGAAAACUCCCUCGUCGUCUUUCCGCGAGACGGCGAAGAACGUCCGGCGCUGGCUUUGUGCUUUUCUCUUUAGCGAACAAGUCCGGCGAGAUCUUCUGGUAGGCGGUUGCCCGUCAAAGAGAAAUGCGGCGGCAUGCUCGUCUCGGCGGUCCAAGCGGAGCGUCCGAGCGGAGCCCUGGACGUCCGUCCGAUUACGGCAAGGUCGCGCGCUUGCUCGUGUUCUUCUAGGCGAAGCCCGAGGCAUCCGAGCGAGCCGGCCCGGCUUGGUAGUGCGGGGGCCAAAAAUCGUGCAUGCGUGUCCUUCACGCGGGCGGCCCCUGGGUGCGUCACGUUCGCUGCCUUUUUUUGGCGCACGUUGCGCAGCUGACGGUCAUGGUUAGUGGAUGUCGAGCCACUGGGGUGGCGACACAUAAAUACAGAAUACCGCCCUGCGGAGUAUUCCCCGCGAUGGUAUCCUUCAUUUAUGUAUAAGCUUUACUUUAACGGGAGCCGCCACGAGCCGGAACGGGGGGGCGACCGAAAACCCGCGGUCCGGCUCGGUAGUGUGGGGGCCAAAAAUCCUGCAUGCGUGUCCUCCACGCGGGCGGCCCCUGGGUGCGUCGCGGUCGCUGCCUUUUCUUGGCGCACGUUGCGCAGCUGACGGUCAUGGUUAGUGGAUGUCGAGCCUCUGGGGUGGCGACACAUAAAUACAGAAUACCGUCCUGCGGAAUAUUCCCCGCGAUGGUAUACUUCAUUUAUAAACUUUACUUUAGCGGGAGCCGCCACGAGCCGGAACGGGCGACCGAAAGCCCGCGCGUUCGUUCGUUUGGUCGUUAACGGACCCCGCGAAGCACUUCGUUCGUUCGUUCGUUACGGGGAAACGAACCAUAACGAACGAACGAAUGAACGCAAAUCCCUUCGUUCGUUCGUUCGUUCGUUUGUUCGUUUGGCUGCCAGAACCGGGCUCGUUCGUUCGUUCGUUACGGGGAAACGAACCAUAACGAGCUCACGAAAUUGCGUCCGUUCGUUCGUUUGGUCGUUAGCGAACCUGCGAAGCCACUUCGUUCGUUCGUUCGUUACGGUGAAACGAACGAACGAACGAACGAACGAACACGCAUUCGUUCGUUCGUUCGUUCGUUCGUUCGUUUGGAUGGCAAAGCCAGUGCGUUCGUUCGUUCGUUCGUUUGUUCGUUCUGAUGCCACAAACGAACUCGCUCGUUCGUUCGUUACGGUGAAACGAACCGUAACGAACGAACGAAAAUUCGUUCGUUACGGUGAAACGAGCCGUAACGAACCGUAACGGACUCAGCCCCAACUAUAUUGAGAAAAAACUUCGCAAUGCUGCAGCAGCCAUGCGCAAUUGCAUUUUUGCGGCCAAAGAAAUACAUCUCGCAUGAAGAGUUAGCUCGCGUGAAGACGAAGAAGCACACGUCUCAUUGGGAAUGCGUGUAACUAGUUCGCUUUCGGAAAAGAUAUAUAAAGUAGGCUUGAAGCCGUGUACUACGUAGAUGUUGAAUUGCGCCAACGCUGUCAUCAAUAUUUCAUGUUGAAACAAACAAGGUCCAUGUUGCAAAGACGAGCUCGAGCAGCACGCCGCAGAUCAUACGACAAAGGUCGCAGUAGCAGCAGCGGGAAAAAUUCACGUGGCAGGAACGACAAAGAGCACAAGCAAGCACCCGGAGCCUAUUCGGAGAAAAAGCAACGAGACGGAAACUACCCUGGAUGACACUUUUGAGGACGAAUCGCCGGGAAUUUCCGUUUGA